GAGGACCAGGAGGUAGAAGAUAUUGCCAGCUAUGGCAUUGACUGGAACGACUUGGAUGACCAGCGUCUAUUGGCUCAUCACAAUACUCAUAAUCCUGAGGAUGGUGAUUCAACUAAUCCAUUUGUAUCAAAUCAUCCUGAUUCUAAUCUAUCCCAUGUUGAGGUUCCUGUGUCCCGUUGUCCAUUUACAAACACUCAACUUCAGUCUUUUCUCUCUGAUGUCCAGCCCCUUCUUGAUUCUAGUCUCUAUAUUGAUAUGCACUCAUGCCAUCUACUUUGGAUUCAAACAUUAGCAUUAGUUUCUUCUAGUAGAACUGCAGCUGAUACUGUUACAUAG